CCUCCUUCUCCUUCUUUCUAACCCUAAGAGAAAUGGAAAACCAAACCCAAAAUGGAGAAGAUGCAAUAAGAAGAUCAUUCCCAUGCUUAUACUGUUCUAGAAAAUUCCACAGCUCACAGGCAUUGGGAGGCCAUCAAAAUGCCCACAAGAAGGAGAGAAGUGCAGCCCGGAAGAACAAAAGGGCAAACCCCCAUGAAUAUCAUGGCCUAAUCAAUUCUAUUUCUUCGUUCCCUCAAACCUCACUGGUUUUUGCCCCUAACCACACCCCACUCGGCCUGUUCAGCCACCACCACCCUCCGCUCUACAUCUCCGCCCAUUCCGCCGCGCUCUGCCAGUUCCCCGGCCGGUUUGUGGCGGCGGGCGGUGGCGCGGCGGCGGCGCCGAGGUUCGGGAGCUGCUUGAAUAGGAAUCCUUACUUGUAUGGUGAUGAGUACAAUGGGUUUGGUGAAGAAUGUCCGGUGCAGGGUGGUUUGUUGGGUGUUAGUAAGGACAGAGAUUGUAGUAGCAACAAGAGUCAAAAGCUUGAUUUGUCUCUCCAUUUAUAGGCCAAGAAAUAGGUUGUUGUUGGUAGAUCAGAUCAGAUCAGAUUGACUGUUCUUUCACUCUUUUUAGUUCUUUUUUUUGGUUGUUCAUUUUUGGUUCACAUUGCAUCUCUUUCUAA